AAAGUGCUGGGAUUACAGACAUGAGCCACCAUGCCCCAUGGCUGAGUUUUAAGCUACCAACUUAAUGCCACUGAAUGUGGAGCUGGGGAGAGAUACACACACUGGGCUCUUACGAGCCCGUAGGCACUAGCUUCAGCGCAUCCUCGUUACUGUUCACUAGAACUUGAUAUGGUCUCUGAUAAGAGGAGUAACUUGAAGAGGAGGAUGUGACUGGCUUCACAAUGGGUAGAAGGUAGUCCACUUCUUCCUCUGUAGUCCAGUACUUCCUCUGUAGGCUAGACUCUCUCCUCAUGAGAGCAUGGAGCAAAGAAACAGAACCCAACACAAGGCCUCCUGAGGUAGAAGAAACACUUAAAACGAGUUAAAGGAACAAUAUCAGGAGAAUUAGUUAAUCCAACAGCAACAUUAGAGUUUCAGAAAGCUACCUGGCAUCUUCAACAAGAAGUAUGACCCGUAGAAAAGGAGCAUUAAGAAACAAGGAGGGAGCAUGCUGUGAUGAAAAGACAUUAGAGCCAACUGAAAAGUUGGUGCAUAAAGUAAAAGAUUGCAGGGAUACAAAAUGUGCAGUUGCAGAAUUUAAAGAAUCCACAGUGAAGUCAAUAAAGGCAAAGGGGGCAUGGAAAAUAGAAUCAAAUCAAAUUGGUAUUAUGGAGAACAGAUUGGGGUAUGCUUUCCCACAAGGCAAAAGAAGGAAAGAAAAGCAGUGAGAGAGAAAACGAUAGAAAUGGAGAACAGAGAUGAGAGCUCUAAACUCAGAAUUAUAGGAAAAACUUUGAAAGAAGAACCAUUUAAUGGAAGAAAUUACCAAAGGAAUAAUUGAAGGGAACAUUCCUGAACUAGAAAGAACCUGUAUCUACAGAUCCAAAAGACUCAUUAUGUUCCAGGAAAAUUAAAGGGAGAGAGCUCCACACUACACUCAUUUUGUCAUUAAUAAAAUUCUAACGUAAUGAAAAAGAAAGUUUUCAAUUAUAAACGCAUAAAGCAAGUUGCCUAUAGAGGAAACCAAACCAGGCCAGCCUCUGUUUUCUCUUCAUUACUUUAAAUGCUGAAAGACAUUCUACGAAGUUUUGAGGCAAAAAGUUUUCUAGCCUGAGAAUUAUCUAGUCAACCCAGUGUCUUUUACGUGUGAAGAUGAAAGAAAUGCCUUGUGGUAUGGGAAUUUGCAGAGUCCAGAGCCGAGGGAGGACUGAGGAUGAAGAGCUUGGGGAAGUUUGCAAAACUUCAGGAAUGAAGCAGAGCACUCUUCCUGUAUUUGGGAUUGUUUGCCUUUAAGACCUGAGAGGUGCAUGUGUUGUUCAUGUUUAUUUUGUAAUAAGGAGCAUGGAGUUCUACCACCAGUAAAUACGGUAAAACAUUUUUAAAAAGUAAAAACCAUAAACUAGUGAAGUAGGCCAGGUAACCAUCAUUUUUUUUUUUUUUCUACUUUGUUGAUGAGACACUGAGGCUGAAAGAGGCUUAUGAGGGCUCCUAAGUGGCAGAACUAGGCCAGGAAUUCACUUCUUUUGACUCCUGUUGAAUAUACUAAGGGCCCUAUCUCUACCACCUUGUCCUUUUGGAAAGCAACAGUCAGGAUGACAGUGGCCUGUAUGUACAUGGCACCUGGGCAAAGCAGAAAAGCGAGGUGAAUGAAUGAUGCUGGGAAGCCCAGCUUGAGUUGCUUUGUUCAUUUGUUAAUUCAGCCAUCCAGCAUUUCUUGAAUGUUCAUUAUGUGUUGGGCGUGGUGCUAGGUGUUAGAAUUAUGUGGAUGAAUACAACACAAGUCCUGCCUGUUCCCAAGAGACUCACGGUACUGCCGUAAGGGAGAAAUACCCUCAUGUACUCGAUAAUAAUGCCUAUGAUCUAGCAACUGGACAGGGGUAAUCAUAUAGACCAGGCACAGUCUAAGACAUUGGUUCUGACUCUAGGCCUUCAGAACCACCGAGAGGGCUUGGUAAAAGCCAGCGUGUUGGGCCGCAGCUCUGGAGCCCUGAUUCAGUAAGUGGAGCUCAAUAACUUGCAUUUCCACCAAGCUUCAGAAUAAGUAAGAGUUCCCCAGUUGGAGAAUGUAUUUUAGACUAGGAAAAAAUAUUCCAUCUGGCAGUUUUGGAGGGGAGGGAGGAAGUAUUCUGGAACUUAUUUGGGUAUAAGACACAUCUAGCCAAGCAGGAUUCCCCUGGCCAUUCGGAGAAAUAAUUCUCUAGGUUUAUGCUGUUCAUUUUGGAGUGUACCCAUAGGUCUAUGGCUCUGCAGGGCAAAAUUACCAAGUGUUGAGUGUGAAAGAGACUUUAGUCCCAACCCAUUCAUUGCUAAGGCAAGUGUGGGUCAUAAGAGAUCCACAAAGUGUGGGUAAAAGACUCAGAGUGGCUUGUCUAGCAUCUGACUGCCUGUGAACAGCAGAGCUAGGAAUAAAGGCUGAGUUCUGGAUUCCUAUCUCAGUAUUCUUUCCAAAUACAUCUAUUUCCUUUCCUUGCCCUUUUGUUUGCUUGGGGCUGACAAGGCUGUUAUCUCUUAAGCAAUUUUAUCUUUCCUAUCCUCCUCCACUCCCAGCCCCCACUGCCGCCCUGCCCAAGUCCUGCAGGCAGUCAUAGAAGGGUUAACUUUUGUUGGACUGAAGGCCUGAGCCAAGUACAGAGUGUCCAUUGUGUGCCCGCCCCCUCAGGAGGAGUCACUGACUGCUGGAAUGUGACAAGGCAAAACAUUUUUACCUUGCCUUGGCUUCCCCAACUCCGUGAGUGCGUGAGCCUGUGCGUGUACUCACACGCGUGUUUUGGCAGGGGUGAAUCACAAGAGGACUCGCAGUUGACACCCAGACUCACCAAAAAACUGAACUGUGAAUUUGGGGAGGCAGUUGCAGAUCUGAUCUCUUCUGAACACCUCAUCGUGUCUCCAUCCCUGGGAAUCUGACCCUAGCAACUGGACCAUUUUGUUCUUGGAAUUUUGGGUGUCCUCUCUUCUCACCUUUCCCUUUUCCCUUUUCCCCUUCCCCCUCCUGAGAACUCCUGAAGACUGUAGAGAUUGUCAUGGAGUCCAGGGAAACCUUAAGCAGCUCCCGGCAAAGAGGGGGCGAGUCAGACUUCCUGCCGGUCUCCUCAGCCAAGCCCCCAGCUGCUCCUGGCUGUGCAGGAGAACCUUUGCUCUCCACUCCAGGACCUGGGAAGGGGAUCCCGGUGGGCGGAGAACGCAUGGAGCCAGAGGAGGAGGAUGAACUAGGCUCAGGGCGGGAUGUGGAUUCCAACUCCAACGCGGACAGUGAGAAAUGGGUGGCAGGAGAUGGUUUGGAAGAGCAGGAAUUUUCUAUCAAGGAGGCAAACUUCACAGAGGGAAGUCUGAAGCUAAAGAUUCAGACCACAAAGCGGGCUAAGAAACCCCCAAAGAAUUUGGAGAACUAUAUAUGUCCACCUGAGAUCAAGAUCACCAUCAAGCAGUCUGGGGACCAGAAGGUGUCCCGUGCUGGAAAAAACAGCAAAGCCACGAAGGAGGAAGAAAGAAGCCACUCCAAAAAGAAGCUCCUCACAGCCAGUGACCUUGCAGCCAGUGACCUCAAAGGAUUUCAGCCACAGGCUUACGAGAGGCCCCAGAAACAUUCAACUCUCCAUUAUGACACAGGCCUCCCACAGGACUUCACCGGUGACACCUUAAAACCAAAGCACCAGCAAAAAAGCAGCAGCCAGAACCACAUGGACUGGUCCACCAACUCUGACAGCGGACCUGUCACUCAGAAUUGCUUCAUCAGUCCAGAGUCUGGCAGAGAAACUGCAAGCACCAGCAAGAUCCCAGCUCUUGAGCCCGUGGCUUCCUUUGCAAAGGCCCAGGGUAAGAAAGGCAGUGCAGGGAACACGUGGAGUCAGUUGUCUAACAAUAACAAAGAUCUGCUUUUGGGAGGUGUGGCACCAUCCCCAAACAGCCACAGCUCACCAGCCCCACCCAGCAGCUCUGCUGAGUGCAGCGGGCUUCAGCCCUUGGUGGAUCAAGAUGGAGGAGGUACAAAGGAGCCCCCAGAACCACCUACUGUGGGCAGCAAGAAAAAGUCCAGUAAGAAGGAUGUGAUAAGUCAGACCAUACCAAACCCAGACCUGGAUUGGGUCAAGAAUGCCCAGAAAGCAUUUGACAAUACAGAAGGGAAAAGGGAAAGUUAUUCCACAGAUAGUGUCCAGGAGGCAUCACCAGCCAGGCAGAACGUGAGUUCUGCCAGUAAUCCUGAAAAUGACUCAAGUCAUGUCCGGAUUACUAUCCCCAUCAAGGCACCCUCUCUGGAUCCAACCAACCAUAAGAGGAAAAAGAGACAGUCCAUUAAAGCGGUGGUGGAAAAGAUCAUGCCAGAGAAAGCCCUGGCUUCUGGAAUCACUAUGAGCAGUGAAGUAGUUAACAGGAUACUUUCCAACUCUGAGGGGAGUAAGAAGGAUCCCCGUGUCCCUAAGUUGGGUAAAAUGAUAGAGAAUGAGUCCCCCUCAGUUGGCCUUGAAACUGGUGGAAAUGCUGAGAAAGUUAUCCCAGGAGGUGUGUCUAAGCCGCGGAAGCCACCCAUGGUCAUGACACCUCCAACGUGCACAGAUCACUCUCCAUCCAGAAAGCUGCCGGAAAUCCAACAUCCAAAAUUUGCUGCAAAACGAAGGUGGACUUGCAGCAAACCAAAACCCAGCACCAUGCUUCGAGAGGCAGUUAUGGCCACCUCUGAUAAACUGAUGCUGGAGCCCCCAUCUGCGUAUCCCAUCACCCCAUCCAGCCCUCUCUACACCAACACAGACAGUCUUACUGUGAUCACUCCAGUCAAAAAGAAGCGGGGACGACCAAAGAAGCAGCCUUUGCUCACAGUCGAGACGAUUCAUGAGGGAACUUCCACCAGCCCCGUCAGUCCCAUCAGCCGAGAGUUUCCUGGCACUAAGAAAAGAAAGCGACGACGCAAUUUAGCGAAGUUAGCCCAGCUAGUGCCGGGAGAGGACAAACCCAUGAGCGAGAUGAAAUUUCACAAGAAAGUUGGAAAGCUCGGCGUGUUGGAUAAGAAGACCAUCAAAACUAUCAAUAAGAUGAAGACACUCAAGAGGAAAAACAUCUUGAACCAGAUCUUGUCCUGUUCCAGCAGCGUUGCUCUGAAGGCAAAAGCUCCCCCAGAGACCAGCCCUGGGGCAGCAGCCAUUGAAAGCAAACUGGGCAAGCAGAUUAAUGUCAGCAAGAGGGGAACCAUCUACAUUGGCAAGAAGCGGGGCAGGAAGCCAAGAGCAGAGCUGCCACCCCCAUCCGAAGAACCCAAAACAGCCAUCAAGCACCCCAGGCCUGUUUCUAGCCAGCCGGAUGUUCCAGCCGUGCCUUCCAACUUUCAGUCACUUGUGGCGUCUUCACCAGCAGCUAUGCACCCACUUUCAACACAGUUAGGUGGGUCCAAUGGCAACCUGAGCCCUGCCAGCACUGAAACCAAUUUUUCAGAGUUGAAAACUAUGCCAAAUCUCCAGCCCAUCAGUGCUCUUCCAACCAAAACCCAAAAGGGAAUACACAGUGGAACCUGGAAGCUGUCUCCACCCAGACUGAUGGCCAACUCCCCUUCACACCUGUGCGAGAUUGGCUCCCUAAAGGAAAUCACGCUGUCCCCUGUGAGUGAGUCCCACAGUGAGGAGACGAUCCCCAGCGACAGCGGCAUUGGGACAGACAACAACAGCACUUCUGACCAAGCGGAGAAGAGCUCAGAAUCCCGAAGGAGGUACUCUUUUGAUUUCUGCUCCCUGGACAACCCGGAGGCCAUUCCGUCCGACACCAGCACAAAGAACCGGCAUGGCCACCGGCAAAAGCAUCUCAUUGUGGACAACUUUCUGGCCCACGAAAGCCUCAAGAAGCCAAAGCACAAGAGGAAACGGAAAAGCCUGCAAAACCGUGAUGACCUCCAGUUUCUGGCAGACCUGGAGGAGCUCAUCACCAAGUUCCAAGUGUUCAGAAUCUCCCACCGGAGUUACACCUUCUACCACGAGAAUCCAUAUCCCAGCAUUUUUCGGAUUAAUUUUGAUCACUAUUACCCGGUGCCAUAUAUCCAGUAUGACCCGUUGCUCUAUCUUCGUAGGACUUCAGACUUGAAGUCAAAGAAGAAGCGUGGUAGGCCUGCAAAAACCAAUGACACCAUGACAAAGGUGCCUUUUUUACAAGGGUUCAGCUACCCUAUUCCCAGUGGAAGUUACUAUGCACCCUAUGGAAUGCCUUACACAUCAAUGCCUAUGAUGAACCUUGGUUAUUACGGUCAGUACCCAGCUCCUUUGUACCUAUCGCACACGCUUGGAGCAGCUUCCCCAUUCAUGAGGCCAACAGUGCCACCACCUCAGUUCCAUACAAACUCCCACGUAAAGAUGUCCGGUGCAGCUAAGCAUAAAGCCAAGCAUGGAGUACACCUGCAGGGACCUGUUAGCAUGGGCCUUGGUGACAUGCAGCCUUCUCUGAAUCCUCCCAAGGUAGGCAGUGCCAGUCUGUCCAGCGGUCGGCUCCAUAAGAGGAAACACAAACACAAGCAUAAGCACAAGGAAGACCGGAUCCUAGGGACCCACGACAACCUGAGUGGUCUCUUUGCAGGCAAAGCCACAGGCUUCUCCAGCCACAUCCUGAGCGAGCGGCUGAGUAGCGCAGACAAAGAGCUCCCGCUGGUGAGUGAGAAGAACAAGCAUAAGGAGAAACAGAAGCACCAGCACAGUGAAGCCGGCCACAAAGCUUCUAAGAACAACUUCGAGGUGGACACCUUGUCUACACUGUCACUUUCCGACGCCCAGCAUUGGACACAGGCCAAGGAAAAAGGAGACUUGAGCAGUGAGCCUGUGGACUCCUGCACAAAAAGAUACUCUGGCAGUGGCGGGGAUGGUGGCAGCACGAGAUCGGAGAACCUGGACGUGUUCAGUGAAAUGAACCCUUCGAAUGACAAGUGGGACAGUGACGUGAGUGGGAGUAAAAGGAGGAGCUAUGAAGGCUUUGGAACGUACAGGGAAAAGGACAUCCAAGCCUUCAAGAUGAACCGCAAGGAGAGAAGUUCUUAUGACUCCUCCAUGUCUCCAGGGAUGCCAAGUCCCCACUUAAAAGUGGACCAGACAGCAGUGCAUAGUAAGAACGAAGGCUCAGUGCCCACCAUGAUGACCAGGAAGAAGCCAGCCGCAGUUGACAGUGUUGCAAUUCCACCAGCCCCAGUGUUAUCUCUCCUUGCUGCAUCCGCAGCAACAUCGGACGCAGUUGGCUCCUCCCUGAAGAAGAGGUUCAAGCGGCGGGAGAUCGAAGCCAUCCAGUGCGAAGUGCGGAAGAUGUGCAACUACACCAAGAUCCUAUCCACCAAGAAGAACUUGGACCACGUGAACAAGAUCCUGAAGGCCAAGCGGCUGCAGAGACAAUCAAAAACAGGCAACAACUUCGUGAAGAAGAGGCGCGGGCGUCCCAGGAAGCAACCCACCCAGUUCGAUGAGGACUCCAGAGACCAAAUGCCGGUGCUGGAAAAAUGCAUCGACCUGCCCAGCAAAAGGGGCCAGAAGCCCAGCCUGAGCCCGCUGGUGCUGGAGCCCGCCGCCAGCCAAGACACCAUCAUGGCCACCAUCGAAGCGGUCAUCCACAUGGCCCGGGAGGCGCCGCCCCUGCCCCCGCCACCCCCACCGCCCCUACCGCCACCGCCGCCACCGCCCCUACCCCCACCACCCCCUCUACCCAAGACCCCCCGAGGCGGAAAGAGGAAACACAAACCGCAGGCCCCCGCUCAGCCCCCGCAGCAGCCGCCCCCGCAGCAGCCCCUUCCCCAGGAAGAGGAGGUGAAAGCCAAAAGGCAGAGGAAGUCCCGAGGGAGUGAGAGCGAGGUCCUUCCCUAGGGCGGGUCUGGGCGUCUGCACCUGGGGCCUAGGGAACUGAUACGUGGAAAGCGCAGUGGGCGGGGGCGGAAUCCCCGGCUGCAGGGACACCCACGCCCUUCUCUCCAGAAGCCGGGCAGGCAGAAUCCGGCCAGACGACGGGCUGAGCCAUCAGGAGCUCUAAGGAAAGCAAAGCAGGGAGACACCUUCAGAAGAAGCUUGUCAGCUUCACCGCAGCUCCCACCACGCGGCGCUUCAGUACGGCUGGAUCGUCCGCAGGCGAGCGGAAGGCCCCCAGGAGGAGCAGGAUGGUGGCGCUCUCCUGACCUCCCGCUGCCAAAGUGCGCCCUCGACUCCGAUUUCAUUUGCUGGCCAGGAAAAUCGAAAGGGAAACACCCUCAAUUAGGAAACAUUCCAAGGGGAGAAAAGCUGCAAAUUGCUCAACUGGCAUUGCUGUAACCCGUUCCAUUCAAUUGGUUUUUAUUUCUUUUGAUUUUCAAGCUCUGCUAAGCUUUGGGGUACCAACGUCAUCUUCAGGUGACCUGAAUCUUUCCCUUAACCGUACAGUUUCUCAGAUGGAAUUGUGUGAUCAGAAGGUGGAGUUCUAGUGAUAGGCGACCUUAGACCCGCAUUCAUGUUCUGUGUGCCUCUUCUGUCGCACAUACACUGAUUUUUAGCGUUGUCUAUUCCUACUUUUCCUUUGCCCGUUGUACUUCCAUAUAUCUUUUCAUUGACGUACUUGCUGCUUUUUUUUUUUUUUUUAAUCUUGGUACACAUUUAAAUAAUACAAUUCUUAACCUGUGCUGUAAAGUUCAACCUUGGCAUGCUGUUCCAAGAACCUGGCUUUGAAUCCCAAUCAUUGUGAAACAUACUCAGUAUUGAUAAAACCUUUUUAAUAAGUUACGCAGAGCAGCCAAGGAUAUGUUGACCCAGAUGUCAACCAGGCUAUUUUUAUACUUAAAACAUGUCAGCAGAGCAGAGGCAGAAUAAAAUGGUUUUAAUACCCCACAGCAAAUAGAAUAACUUGACAAGCCACCAAAAACUGACACCCCAGACCCACCAGAAAGACAAGUGUCUAGCAAUGCCCUGGUACCUGAUCUUUUUCAUACGAAUAAUUGUCAUAGGUUGUUCAAAAAAAAAAAGGAAACAAAAAGACAAUAGAAGAAGUCCAUUAUCCCUGGAUAAUUAUUUCUUAAAAGCAAAUGGGAGUAAGUGUUCUUAUCUGGAAAAAUAAAUAAAUAAAAUGCUCAAAGGGUAUCACCACUUCAAUUAUAUCAAGCCACCUUGGACAAAGUAUCCAAAUUGUGGUUGCCUUAAAUAAACUAAAACAUUAUUGUACAUAAUGUAAUUAUAAAUCUAUCAGUCUGCAUGGAUGCAAACUGUGUGUGACAAAUCGUCUUUUAAAUGGUCAAUUUCAGCUGUACAUUUCUCAUCCAAGUUGUACUCUAACCAUUGGUUUAGCGUGGACAGAUAUUCCAUCUCUAUUAUCCAUUUCCACAGCCCGAAUAAAAUAUGUUAAGCAGGCUCAGAAUGAAUACGAAGAAUUCCAUUUCCGUAGAUGUUUUCUAAAAGUCAGAUUGUGGAAAUUUCAAAUAAGUAUUUUCAAUUUCCUCCCUCACUCCCCCUUACCUUCCCCAAGACAUCAAACACCUGGCAUGGUAGAUUAUAGAAAGAGACACUGAGAGAGAGAAUUAAAUUUUCUAAUGGGAAUUAGAAUAUCUGGUUUACCUCCAAAUUAAGUUUCUUUACGGGAAGUUGGGACCAGCUGGAAAUUGUAUUAUCAUUUCAGAACACAAUAUUAUUUCCUUAGAGAGAGAGAGGGAUUUUUGUUGGCAACGUAAGAGAAUAAGUGAUGGGGUAUCUAUGUGAGUAAAUUUUUAAAUUCCAAGUUCAUGUGCUUGCAAACAUUACUGCUCCGUUAUGGCACCAAGAGUUGGUUGAAAUUACCCACAGAGUCAUACUAUUGUGCUCUGUCACCAUGGACUUCACAUCAUUUGCUGCCCGCUAGGUCAGUCGCAUUUAAUACUAGCAAUAUGUAAAUUUAAAGGACGGCAUUCCCCUCUACUUUAAAGCUUAUAUUCUAGAUACUCAGUUUGUGACCUUGGUUGACCUUUGGCAUUUCACACAAGUUAAACAGCAAAAUCAAAGCAGCCAUUUUUAAUUCGUCAUUCCCAAGCCCUGUCUGAGUGGUUCCAAAGUCACCUGAGAGGAAGGUUUAAAUUAGCCCCUCUCACCCCACCAUUGCUAAGAAACAGCAACCAUUUUCAUUCCAAUUCAGCCAUAAAGAGGUUUCUCUUCCUGGGUUUUGAAAUCAUUUCCUUCUUUCUUUCGUUUGCCCUUCCUCCUUCCUGUGUUGUACUGUCUCUCCAGCCACGUCUAUAAGCAGACUCAACCUUCUUGCAGAGGAAGAUGAGCUGGCACUCUGCAAACUUCUUUAAUAAGGACCCAAAGUUUAAUUGACAUUAACCUCUAGUAGGUGAGAAAUUCCAAAAAAGCUUUGGGGUACAUUAGAAUUUCCAAAGCCCUGAAAGAUAUUUCAGGAGAUUUAACAGCAGAGUUGCAACUUACACGUGAAUUCUGGUCUAUAGUGGUCAUGUGAGUUAAAUUCGAAUCCCCUACUUGUAUGACCCUAGGAAUAGACUGGAAUACUGCAGAGGACCAAAGCUGAGGCAUGCGAAACAGCCGCUUGGAGGCGGAAGCAAGUUCGGUCACCUACACAGCUUCCUCUCUCCACCACCCAGUUCCUCUCUCAGUAUCACAUUAUGUUAUUCUGCUUUUCAUUUACCUAACUCAUCAGUACAACCAUUUCCUUAUUCUCUAACUACCCCCAAUUCCUUUAGCCUCUCCCCACCUGUCCAAACUCAGCUCAGCCGUGGGCCAAUGCAGCUUACAGACAGUUGGCAGUUGGUUGCAGAGCUGGGAAGAAAACCCAACUCUCCUGACCCUGAUGGUGGAGGUCUCUGGGCCCCCCAACACUGUCUUCUGGGUGGGGCUGCUUUUUUUUUUUUUUUUUUUUUGAGAAGAGGUCAUUUGGGAUACAUGGUACUCCAUAUACAGCUUCACAAAAUAUUUCAUUAUAAAAGAAACCCCUUGAUUUUUAUUUCUCUGGUUUUUUUGUUUGUUUGUUUGUUUUGGUUUUGGUUUUAGUUUUUGUUUUCUGGAUGACCUGACUUCAGUAAGCAGAUGCGGACCCACUUGUAAGGAGUCUGGUUGGUGAUGAGAAAAGGAUGAAAUCUAGAUACAAAAGCCUCCUUGAAGGUGAUGAUGGUUCUUUAAUCCACUUGGCUAAGUGUCUGGAAGAGCUACUUACUCUUCCACCCCUCAUCUCAAAUGAGAGGAACAGAAGUUUAACUUCUUCAAAUAGCCCAGCUCUGGCGAAAACCCAAGGAAGAAAGGUCAAAGGAAAGGAAAGCAUGUCAGGGGCUGGUUUGUGACUUGGCAGGACCAGGAAUCAGCAGCCACUAACAACCCAGAGAAGGUGACUAAGGGCUGGCAGAAGAUUAGCAUGUUAAUUUGGCUGCUGUCCGGAGUAGGAGGCCAUGUUCAAUGGCAGUCAGAAUUUGUGUUCUGCACAUUGCUGGGUCUAUAAAUAUGAUAAGCAAGUGGUGACAGAAUUAUAGUAUAAGGUGAUGUACUACAUGCAGAUCAUAAAGGAUUUGGUUUUAAGACUUAAGUAGAAAAUCCCUCUUGUAGCUUAUUACCCAACAAUAUUCAGAUAAUGAGCUUUUGGAGAAUAUUUUUUUCCUAUCACUAGAAAGAUUUACCUGGGAACUGUCUAAAGUCUAUACACAUAUUUCCAAAGCCUUUAAAUACCAACUGCAGCAUGGAGAGAGAGGGGUGGCAGAAGCUGAAAUGCCUCAAAAGCCAUUUAAGUGUUACGUUGCAGGAUUUUCAGUCCUUCUUGUUAUGUAAAAGUAGAUAAAUAUAGACGUUAUUCUCAACUCUACCCUAUAGUAUCACAGUGGUCCAAAUGCCAGAGCUUACAGAUAAUGUCAUCACAGUGCCUAGAAACUCGAACUGUAAUAUACCGUAGCAUUUUCUUGGUGUUUCUUAAAGUUUCUUUCCACAAUACAAGGUCCUCUCUGCCUCUUGUUUCUUGGAGAGUUCACCCCACUGAUGAGUCUUCCUUCCCUGUUGGACUCAGUCAUUUGGGGAACAGUCUUAGAAGCACAUAUCAACCAAGGAAGAAACUUCCUGGAUAUCUAUUGCCCACUUGCCCAGGUCUGAUAAACACUAAAGGGGGGAAAUUGAAAGGAGCUGCCAACUGGUCAACGUGGAAGGGCAGUUCCACCCUAGAUUGGUGUCUUUCUUUUUCUUCCUUUUUUUAAAAAAAAAAAAAAAUCUAUUUCUUAAAUAAUAAUAAAUGCACAUGAUGUGUUAAAUAUGUACAUAUAUAUUUCAAAAGAAAAAAAUGGGGCACAAGAUUGUCUUACAAGUCGUGCUGGCUAAUUUUUAGUUUGUAUUCAUAAGUGGUUUUUAAAAGCCUUUUUUAAAGUGUAAUUUGCAUGUUCUACUUUGAUUGUAUGUAAACAUAUUUUAGAACAAAAAAUGUAUUUGUAUUUUAUUGAAUAUAGAGGCAAGAAAAUUGUACAUUGUUUGAAAUGUUCUUUUUGUAACAGUUUUUAUUCAUAAAGCAUUUUUGUACAUUUAAAAUGAACAUGGACUUGCUGUUAUUUGAGGCGUAGAUACAUCUAGCAUGCUUACUGUCAUGCUCCUCCAUGGUCUUAGAUGUUGGGUUUUAAACAUUUUUUUCUAAAAGAAAGCUCAGUCUUUUUCGCUACCAGAUCAGGUUAGCACAGUAUAGAGCACUUAACUAUUAAAAAAAAAAAAAAAAAAGUUAAUCCUAUUCAUAUGUUAUUCAUUGUGUGAAAUUAAAGACAUUCAAUUCAGUCUAA